GCUGAAAGACGAGAGAUGCUUUUAUUUCGACUACUUCCGGCGGAAGUUAUUUUUUUCACCGGUAGAUUUGACGAAAGUGGCUUUAAAUGGGGAUACCCUCUGCGCUGCAGCGGGAGUCCACCGCGUCACUGGGAUGCGGUUACCGGAGUCUGGCAGCUAGCAAGCCGUCCCCGCUCCCGUACCCUUCUCCACCAACGGGACCACUCACCAAAGAUGACAGCUUCAUCAAACCCAGUCCACACACCACCACAAGAGCAACGCUUCCUGGUGUUGUUCGACUUUGACGAGACCAUCAUCAGUGAAAACAGUGACGAUGCCAUGGUCCGAGUUCUGCCAGGUCAACAGCUCCCCACCUGGCUGAGAAACAGCUACCGGGAAGGCCACUACAAUGAGCACACACAGAAGGUCCUGGCUUAUAUGGCAGAGCAGGGCAUAUCUAAAGAAUCCAUCCAUUCAGCGGUGGAGAAGAUCCCCCCCACCCCUGGCUUCCUGGAACUCUUCCAGUACCUGCAGAGUCAUCGGCAGGACUUUGAGCUGGUGGUGGUCUCUGACGCCAACAUGUAUUUUAUAGAAACAUGGCUGGAGCAUGCUGGGGUGCGUCACCUUUUCAGGCGCAUUUUCACAAACCCUGGCGACUUUGAUUCCAAAGGCCAGCUUGUGCUCCUGCCUUUUCACUCACACUCAUGCUCCCGUUGUCCUGACAACAUGUGCAAGCAGUUGAUCCUGCAACAAUAUUUGACAGCUCGACAAAAGGAGCAUGGUGGCACUAUCUUCCAGAGGGUGUUUUACAUUGGCGAUGGAGCCAACGACGUGUGCCCCUGCCAGGCUCUGGGGCCCCAGGAUGUAGCCUUCACCAGGAGGGACUUCCCCAUGCACAGGCUGCUGGUGGAGAUGCAGCAGUCCAAGUCCGCCAAAUUCAAGGCCAACAUAGUCCCUUGGGUCAGUGGUGAAGACAUAGUAGACUGUCUGGAAAAAAUAAUGAAGGAGAGAUGAGACACAAGUGUGUACAUAUUUUUUAAAAGACGAGAGUAAAAGAGAAAUGAAAAUAAUGAUUUUAACCCAGUUUUGAUCAUUAGAACAGUUUAUGGUGACAUAUCCUAUCAGUCCAAAAGCUAACCUGAUAUCAAAGCCUACCUUAAUCCAGUUUAAUCAUUUUGGUGAGUUGUGGGGGCAUUGAGCUUAACCCCAAAAUUCCACUAUCUCCGCUCCGCCCUCCGCUGCCGCUCGCUUCUGAACUCAAAUUAUCCCGCUCUACAACGGCUCCGUUCCGGUACGGAGACCUGAGGUGCGCAAACAGGCAUGCACGGGAUUUUCGAGAUCUUGCGAUACAGUCCGAGCAAUAAAGCGGAAGUUAGAUCCAAACACCCGUUGUGUGGGAGAAGCAUCGAAAUGAACUGUUUAAUCUGCCCAUCAUUUGUGUUGAGAGAUCAGCAGUGUUUGGAUCAACAAAGUGUGACUACUUUGAUAGUGGAAACUGUAUUUAUGGCUUAUUUUUGUGCAUUUAAAGUUCAACCGCCAUUGAUAGUUGUUAAAAAUUGUUAAACCUGUGCAUAUGAAACAAAAAACGCUUUUUGUUUAUCGAUUUAUUGUGAAAUAACAGAAGUUGUGCUUACUCCCUUUCCUGUUGGGUGGUUGUGAUUUCUGUCCAUUGACUGGAGGUGCUCCGGCGUCCGGCAAAAAUAGAAUCGAUCC